GGCUAGGGUUUUUCUACUUUGUAUAUAUUUUAUCUAUUCUUUACUUUUCCUUCUUAUGUGCAUCUGAAAGUUCUCAGCUUAGCUAUCUUCAUAAAUUUUGAGUUUAAUUGCUUUAUUCUUUUAAUUUUAGUUUUCAGACUGGUUUUUGUUUGGUUUGCGUCUUAAAGUUCGGUUGUUCGUCUUCAACCUUGCAUUUACUGAAUUUUUUUUUGGGUUUUAAAAUUUUUUUUCGGUCUUUGUUAUUGAAUUCUUCUCCUCAACGGGAUUCUAUUUUUUUUUUUUAAAGAUAUAAUUUGAUUAUACAUUUAUAUUCUUUUUAUUUUGACCCUGAUUCCUGCGUAAACAAUUUUCUGUUUUCCGUAGUUUGAAAUCCAAAUUAUAUAAUAUUGAUUACAUUGAUUUUGAAAUGUAGUAUAUGACUGUUAAAAUUUACCGAUAUGAGUUUUCCCAACCCUAGUGCUCCUUUUUUUGCUCCACAGCAACAGCUUCAUCCGGUAGACAGUGAUGGCAUUGGUGUCUGGCCUCAGUAUCAAAUGAAUAAUGAGCAACAGUAUGAGCAGCAUUCUCAGUUUGAACAACAGCCUCCUUUAAAGAGACCUAGAAACUUCGAAGAGAACCAAUCAAACCCUUCACAAUUUCCUAGGAUGAAUCCAUCUUUAAACCCUCCAAUCAAUAAAGGAACCGCUAACAUUUUCUUCAAGACUCGUAUUUGUGCAAAAUUUAAGCAGGGUACUUGUAGGAAUGGUGAGAAUUGCAACUUUGCACAUGGUCUUGAGGACUUGAGACAGCCUCCUCCUAAUUGGCAAGACCUAGUAGGAGGUGGAGGUGGCCGUGUUGAGGAGGAUCGAUCAUCUGGUGGUGGUGGCAAUUGGGAUGAUGAUCAUAAGAUAAUUCAUAACAUGAAGCUAUGCAAGAAGUUUUACAAUGGCGAGGAGUGCCCCUAUGGUGAUAGGUGUAAUUUUCUUCAUGAGGAUCCAUCAAAGUUUAGGGAUGAUUCAGGGAGGUACAGAGAGAGCUCAGCAAUAAGCAUUGGGACUACAGGGCCGCCUGUCGUACAUGGAGUCAGUUUUAAUCAAUCUGAUAGCAAUAGGUCUGUCAACAACACUACUGUGAAACCUGUAUAUUGGAAGACAAAGUUGUGUUCUAAGUGGACAACAGGCCAAUGUCCCUUUGGAGAAAAAUGCCACUUCGCUCAUGGGGAAUCAGAAUUACAGGUAACUGGUGUGCGCAUUGAAGUGGAAGCAGGGAAUGCCGGUUUCGUUCCAGUAAAACCUCACUUGAUUCCUGUUAAUGAUUCAUCUACCACAGCGAAUAUGCCUACUUUAAACAAAGAAGGGCAGGGCAAGAAGUGCUUAUUCAAGUGGAAAGGACCAAAGAAAAUCAAUCGGAUUUAUGGAGACUGGCUUGACGAUAUGCCCUUGGUGCACAACUGGUCAAGUCAAGUGGAGAGCUGAGUUCAAGUAGAAAUUGGAAACACUUGUUCCAGUGAUUAUCAUAGGCAUAUAAGAUUGCAGAUUGUUUUGGCUUGAUGAUAUACCAUAGUUGUUUAGUUUGGUUCAUUUCCUUUUCUGAAUUUUCUCUCUUUCACAGUGUAUCUCUUCGCGUGAAAGAUAUAUGUAACAGUUUGGAAUCAGCCAGUGCUUCUUGGAAAUUCAAAUAAGGCAGCCCUUGAAGUCAAAGAAACAGUAGGCAUUUCCUGGAGAAGAAAAAUGACUUCUCGUCUAAAUUUCGUGG